AUGUUGGGUGGUUCCUCUGCCAUCAACGGACAGGCCUUCGUUUCAGCAUCAAAAGGGGGUUGGACUUGGGAAAAUGUCCAGCCAUAUUACAGGAAAUCAUAUACCCUCAAUCUUCCUGAUGAAGAGACGCGCGAGCACCUGGGAUUGAAGUGGGUUGGCCCGUCCGUCCACGGCUUUGGCUUUUCGGGACCUAUCCAGGCCUCCUUCCCCGGGGAGGUGCAAAACCCACUUGUGAAGGCAUGGGUAGAUAUAUCCAAGAAUAUUGGCUACGAAGCUACGGCCGAUCCGUACUCGGGAGCUUCGCUUAUCACGAUCAACGCAAACAAAGAAGUCGUCAUCACUGCUGGAGUAUUGAACACCCCCAAACUACUGGAACUUUCCGUAAUUGGAAGCGAGGAAAUCCUGCAAAAAUAUAAUAUCCCCGUGGUUAUUCAUAACCCAAACGUUAUCGAUGGCGUUGUUCCUGGAGAUCCACUGCUACGACAAGAACCUGAAGCCAUUCAGCCCGCGAUGCAAAUGUAUUCUGAACACGAACCCGGCCCAAUGACUAUCGGAGGUGUACAAUCAAAUGCCCUAAUGCCAAUUCUCGAAUUUACGGGUGCAGACGGCCAGAAAGCGCAGAAAAAGUUUUUCGAUCAGUUCCUAUCCACAGAACCAGCUACUUCCUUCCAGUCCGUCAUCCGUGGCAUCUUCGAAACUCACAACGAGGCUACAUGCGACAUGUUCACGUUCCUUGCCCAAGCCAACCUUCAUCAAACUAACACAAGCUACCACGUGGGUCCUAGCUCCUCCCCGGAAAACUAUCUCAGUUUAGGACAAACAAUUGACCCCCGUUACUUCUCCCAUCCACUAGAUAUCGAAAUCCUGGCCCGCAAUUUGCUUGAACUAGAGCGCUUGCACCAGAAUGAAGCACUCGCCAAAUAUUUCAAAAUGUCAGAUGGAAGACGGAACCACCUAGACUCUUUUCUUACUGAUCUGGAAUUGGCUAAGAAGUACUUCCGCGAUACGGUAACGACGUCGCAUCACUUUGCAGGCACUGCUACAAUGCUUCCUGAGGACAAGGGGGGUGUCGUUAGUGCGAAGCUGGUCGUUCAUGGAACGGUUAAUCUGCGUGUGUGA